GUAGCUCCAACCCAGUGCUCUGGUUGAGCCACAACCGUGUUUCACAACCGUGCUUAAAAUGGAUAUUUUUGUAGCACAGUCAGGGCCUAAAACAGCCCUGCAAAAUUCUGCUCGCCCACGCGCCUGGCGUGAGUAAUUUUCUUUUGAUGGGAUCCCGUUCAAGAUCGGGCAGCCCAAGAAACAGAUUGUACCCAAGACAGUGGAGAGAGACUUUGAAAGGGAAUAUGGGAAGCUGCAGCAAUUGGAAGAUCAGACCAAAAAACUUCAGAAGGAUAUGAAGAAAAGCACAGAUGCAGAUUUGGCCAUGUCCAAGUCUGCUGUGAAGAUCUCCUCAGACCUGCUGUCCAACCCCCUGUGUGAGCAGGAGCCCUCGUUCCUCGAGAUGGUCACGGCCUUCGACACGGCCAUGAAGAGGAUGGACUCCUUCAACCAGGAGAAGGUGAAUCAGAUCCAAAAGACAGUCAUAGAGCCUUUGAAAAAGUUUAGCAGCGUUUUCCCGAGCUUGAACAUGGCCGUGAAGCGCCGGGAGCAGACGCUCCAGGAUUACAAACGCCUGCAAUCCAAGGUGGAAAAAUAUGAGGAAAAAGAGAGAACUGGCCCCGUCCUGGCCAAGCUGCACCAGGCCCGGGAGGAGCUGCGCCCGGUGAAGGAGGACUUUGAAGCCAAGAACAAGCAGCUCCUGGAGGAGAUGCCCAAAUUCUACAGCAGCCGCAUCGAUUACUUCAAACCCAGCUUUGAGUCACUGGUCCGGGCACAGGUUGUCUACUACACGGAGAUGCACAAGAUUUUUGGGGACCUGACGGCGCAGAUCGACCGGCCCGGGCUGAGCGAUGAGCAGCGGGAGCGGGAGAACGACGCCAAGCUCAGCGAGCUCCGGGCGCUCUCCAUCGUGGCCGACGACUGAGGCCAGGCUGGGGCUGGGGAGGGGAUGGGGAUCCCCCCCCCUGCACCCCAGCUCCCCUCCCAGGGAUGGACUCGUGGGGCUGGAGCUGCUCCCGACACCCCGUGGCUCUGCAUCGUCUUCGUCAGUCCACGAACGAGUUUUUGCCUUAAAUUUUAGGGUGUGGAGGAGCAGGAAAGGGAGUGAUCCCGCUCGGAUGAAGAUGGGGAUUAGGAUGGGGGGUGCAGGAUUUGCCCAAGUUCCAGCCCCCCUUUGCACCCUCAGAGCCCAGAGGGUGAGACCCCCCCCACUCCUUCCCCUCAUUUUGUGCCUUAGUAGCCCAGUGGUCCCCUCAGGGGAGAGUAAAAUCACUCAAAUCCCAUUUUUUGAGGUACAGGGAGAGGGUGAUGCUUCCCGUGGCGAGCAUCCAUCCCUCUUUUCCCAAGAAUGCUACAAAGAGCCUGUGCCCCAGAGCUGGGGGGUGCAGGGUGGGGACAGGGGACCCCAGAGCAGGGACAGGUGGGGACAUCCCUAAGGGAGACAACCCAGCCAGGAGCAAACCUGUGGAAAACUGGGGGGCUUCAGCCCCCCCCUCGGUGUGCGGGGAAGGGCCGCAGGGACUCGGUGGCUUGUCCCCAAUAAAGUUUUCGGCGGCGCGGCGCGGCCGGGGCCGUGUCGGUGCCACCGCCGGGGCCGUGUCGGUGUCGCUGUCA